AUCUUUAUACUAGUGUUUAAUAUAUUACUAUAAUCUCAUAAGGAAAAUUAAUAAUUAUGUUGUCUCACCAAUAAUUUUACUUUAGUUUAGUUUGAUUCAAUUUAAUUAGCCUCCCCUUACUGUAACUUUUGGGUACAAAAUGUUUUGUACUAGUUGUGUUGAGGUGAUGACAGUAUCUUCAUCCUCUUAUAUCAUUUUGGCCGACACAUCCUAACUGAAUUUGUCAGACAGACAUGUUUUGGAAUUUUACCAUCAGAAUGGAAUCACCGAAGAUAAUGAAAUAUCAAAACAGACAAAAUCUUUGGCAGCAGAUGAAGGUGAACAUGUAGUUUGAUCGUUUUCGAUCACUUUGGUCUGCCUAUUCUCACCAUUUGGUCUGUCGGACAUUUGUCAACUUAAGUAGUAGAUAAAAAUGAUCAGAAACCACUAUAAUUGUAGUUAUUAUGGUAAAUAGGAAUUUUUCUGCUAUAACUAAAACUUUCAUAUACCUAGUCCUGCCAUAAGUUCUGUUACAAACAUUCACCUUGAAAAUAAUCCCAAACAAACGCCUGGCGAACCUUGCUCUCUUGCCUAUUGUUUACCUUUGAUAUAAUGCUAAAUUCUUUUACUCAGUUGUUAUUGAGAAUUAAUAAUGCCAAGAUGGAACGCACCCUUGAACAAAACCGUCAUGCCAUCAUCGCAUCACAAGGCAGGUAAAUCAAAAUCAGAGAUUUUCAAGACGCUGAAAUCGUUAGGAAUAAAUCGAAUGUUUGUGUGGUGCACCAUAAAUCGCUUCAAAGAUACUCUAUCUAUUAAAGACAAACCAAGGUCGGCCAUCCUUGCUCUGUGAGGACGAAAAAUGCCAUCAAAGCGGUUGAAAACCGAAUUCGAAGAAAUCCGCUAUGAAAACAAAAAAUAUUGUCCAGAGAAAUGGAGAUUUCUUCCCGAUCAAUGUCGCGCAUCAUAAAAGACGAUCUUUCGAUGAGUGCUUACCGUAGAAUGACAGGACAAAGGCUUACAGUAUCUUUUAAAAAAAUUAGAGUCGAAAGAGCCAAGGCAUUGUUGACCCGGUAGGCCGAUGGAGUUCAUCGAAAUAUCUUGUUUACCGAUGAAAAAAUUUUUACCAUCGAGGAAAACUUUAACCGUCAAAAUGACAAGGUUUAUGCUAGAAGUUCUCUAGAAGCUCAGGAAAAAAAUUGGAAGGGUAGAAAGAGGCCAUCAUCUUGCUUCCGUAAUAGUGUGGUGGGGAGUUUGCUACGAUGGCACCACAAAACUCCAUUUUUGUGAGCAAGGAGUCAAAACAAGGGCGAAAAAUUACCAAGAAGACAUCAUUGAGAAAGACAGCUCCUGCGCACAAGGCCCAAACAACUCAGCAGUGGCUGGAGGAGAAUGUUCCGGAAUUCAUUAAGGCUUCAGAUUGGCCCUUGGGAAGCCAAGAUUUGAAUCCUCUGGACUACAAGGUGUGGUCCCAUCUUGAGCUUAUGGCUUGCCACAGGAAACACGCCAAUUUAGAGAGCCCCAAGUCCGCUCUGCUAAAAGCAGUUGAGAAAUUUCCUCAAGACGUGUUGCAUACUGCCAUAGAUGAUUGACCCCGAAGACUAAAAGCUUGUGUGAAGGCAAAAGGUGGUCAUUUCGAGUAAUAUUAUUUUAUUUCAAUCUUAAAAAUAUUGGAUUUUUUAAAAUAAAUUUCUUUUUCAAAUUAUCAAGU